AUCGGGCCGUUAUACAUGAUUUCCGGCUUCGGAGGUAGCUUGACGUCUGUUUUAUCUCUGGCUAGGAAAAGUAUCGUCUCCGUUGGUGCAUCCGGUGCGCUUUUUGGCCUGUUGGGAUCCAUGCUUUCGGAGCUCAUUACGAACUGGUCGAACUAUACGAACAAGUGUUCAGCUCUGUCGACGAUGUUGUUGAUUAUUUGCCUGAAUCUUGCCAUUGGAUUUCUACCUCGAGUCGAUAAUUCCGCUCAUAUAGGAGGGUUUGUAUCCGGAUUGCUUGCCGGAUUUGUCCUUCUAAUGCGACCUCAGUACGGAUACAUAAGCAGCAAGCAUGUUCCAGAGGGAUAUCAGAUAAAACAUAAGGUUGCAAAGCACCAAGUGCACCAGUAUGUGUUAUUUGGUAUCUCCUUAGUCCUGUUAAUUACCGGAUUUGCAGUUGGCUUACAAAGGCUUAGAAGGCCAUAGUUUUUAAAACCAAGCCUUGCAUGGUGGAUUAGGAGACUAUUCUUUGUAUGGUAUCAUAAACUCCCUUUUCAUCCUGUUUUUAUGUGCAGAGUAAAAUGGGAACGAUACGUUCGAGCUUUCAGUACAUUUCGACAUGGUUUUCAUGAGGCAGAAUUUGAACCCUGCAUCCCUAGCUCUCAUUCAAAGGAUUAUAAUCAAUAGGCUAUAUAGGACUAUUAUAGAUAUAAAUGUAUACCCUUGAUGCAUUCUUAUAUAUGCAUGCACAAAUCUUCAAUUGUUCUUGUUUCAAUCAAACAUUACUUUGAGGAGGCUAUUAUCUUCCCCCAUAGAAACUACCUGUUUAAUAGGGCAUGAACCAGUGUAAUAAACACGAACAACGCCACA